AUGGGAAUCGCGACAAUAAUCGCUAUAAAAACUGCUGCUAUAAAAACUGCCACCUUGCUCUUUGGCAUUGGCAAGAUUACUAUAAUUCCAGCAUUGAUUACCGCGCUCGCGUACUUCAAUUAUGAUCUUAUAAAUCCGGAGAAUCAUCCACGUGUAACGAGAGAAUUGAAGAAAAGUUACGACUUCAUUGUAAUAGGCGGCGGAUCCGCUGGUAAUGUGGUCGUUAACAGAUUGACCGAAAAUCCCGAAUGGAAUGUGCUGUUAUUAGAGGCCGGAGGCCACGAGAAUGAGAUAACUGACGUGCCAAUAUUGUCUCUAUACUUGCAUAAAACUAAAAUGGACUGGCAAUACCGUCCUCAACCGCAAGACAUGGCGUGUCAAGCUAUGGUCGAUCACCGAUGCUGCUGGACCAGAGGCAAAGUUCUUGGAGGAUCUAGCGUUUUAAAUACGAUGUUGUACAUUCGCGGCAAUCGACGUGAUUUUGAUCAAUGGGAAAGUUUCGGCAAUCCCGGUUGGGGAUAUGAUGAUGUACUUCCAUAUUUCAAAAAAUCACAGGAUCAAAGAAAUCCAUAUUUAGCACGCAACACAAAAUAUCAUAGCACAGGAGGAUACUUAACCGUACAAGAGUGCCCUUAUGUCAGUCCAUUGGGCAUAGCAUUUCUUCAGGCUGGUGAAGAAAUGGGUUACGAUAUUCGUGAUAUCAAUGGUGAACAGCAAACCGGGUUUUCGUUGUUGCAGUUUACAAUGCGACGAGGUACUAGGUGUAGCACUGCUAAAGCAUUCAUACGACCUAUUCAAUUAAGAAAGAAUUUUCAUCUCUCUACAUGGAGCCACGUGACCCGGGUGCUGAUAGAUCCGAAAAAUAAAAAAGUAUAUGGGGUAGAAUUUAUCAGAAAUGGUCGUAAAAAAAUGGUGUUUGCCAAGAAGGAGGUGAUUCUCUCCGCCGGCGCUAUUAAUAGUCCACAAUUAUUAAUGCUUUCGGGAAUAGGACCGCGUAUGCAUCUAGAACAACUGGGAAUUCCUGUGAUUCAAGACUUGCCCGGAGUCGGACAGAAUCUGCAAGAUCACAUAGCAGUCGGCGGACUCGUUUUUCCAAUUGAUUAUGAAGUUGGCAUUGUAAUGCCACGAAUGAUAACUAUCAAAUCGGCACUAAAAUAUGCUAUCACCGAGGAUGGCCCAUUAACAUCCAGCAUCGGUCUCGAGGCGGUCGGCUUUAUUUCUACCAAAUAUGCCAAUCAAACCGACGAUUGGCCCGAUAUCGAGUUUAUGCUAACGUCCUCGGGAAUCAGCUCUGCUGGCAGUCACGCGAAGGAAGCUCAUGGUUUAACUGACGAAUUUUACAAUCAAGUAUUCGGUAAAAUCAACAAUCACGAUGUCUUUGGAGUGUUUCCAAUGAUACUCAGGCCUAAGUCGAGUGGCUACAUCAGAUUGAAAUCCAAAAACCCCUUGGAUUAUCCGCUACUCUACCAUAAUUAUCUAACUCAUCCGGAAGAUGUGGCAGUACUUCGUGAAGGUGUCAAGGCGGCAAUCGCCUUCGGUGAAACGAGAAGUAUGAAGAAAUUUGGUUCUAGAUUUCAUAGCAAACUAAUACCCGGUUGCGAGAACUUUUCACUUUAUACUGACGAAUAUUGGACAUGCAUUCUGCGGAUUUACACUUUGUCCAUAUAUCAUUUGAGUUGCAGUGCUAAGAUGGGCCCGCCUAAUGAUCCCAUGGCAGUCGUGAAUCCAGAGCUCAAAGUUUAUGGAAUCGAGGGUCUCCGGGUCAUUGACGCGUCAGUCAUGCCAGCUAUUACUAGCGGCAAUAUAAAUGCACCCGUUAUCAUGAUCGGUGAAAAAGGUGCUGAUUUAAUAAAGGCAACAUGGAUGCGAUCGUCUCAUUCCAAAAGCAAUAAUAUCACUGGCGCUACUUCUUAAUACCUCAAUCGAUUUAAUAAUAUUGUA